CAAACAAAUUUUUGUAAAUCUAACAAAUGUUCAAAUGUUAAUAAAAAUAUACACCUAAAGAAAGAUGGAUUUGGCCACAAAGGUCGAGGAACUUAUAAAGUUGACUACAUCCCUGAAACAAGAACUAGAAGAGUUAAGGGGUAAAGAUGGCGUUAAUGCCAAUCUAGAUGAGCUCGAAAAAGAGAUGGCUGGAUUAAAAAGUGAAAUCAAUGAAUUAAAAUAUUGCCUAAUGAAACAAAAUGCCAAAAUACUGGCAUUAAUUCAUCAGCUGCCAAGAAUGCGAAGAAAAACAGCGUUGGGUGAUGUCGAUGCAAAUUGUCCAACGGAAGUUCAAAAGAAAAUCCAAGACUAUUCUAAAAAGUUUCCCAUAGCAACUAUGGCAGAUCUGGAAGAGUUUGAGCAGUCUAUGAAUGACAACAAUACCACGGAGAUAGUGCUUAUCCUUGAAAGGCUGUUAUUUCACAAAGGAGUUGUAAGAAAUAUUGGUAGUGUAUUAUCUACAGAAGUCAUUAUGGCCUGUAACUUAGACGGAAUGCAUGGCAAACAAAGGUUAUUGAAAUAUACAAAAUUCGUGGAUGCACUGUUUCAGGCUGUCUAUGUCGAGGGUUAUGGUUUGAAAUCUUUCCACAAUGAUUUGCGACGUGGUUUAAAAAUAGUUAAAAACCGGGUGUUCAAAAAGAGAAGUGAGCGAAACACAAUGAAACCCAGACGUAACCAGUUGAUGGAUUCAGAUGAUGAAUAUGACUCAAAUCAUUGCGACGAAUACGAAGUAGACGAAGAUGAUUCCAAUCAAACAGAAUCCACAAUCAAAAUAGAGGACUCGCAAACAAUAUGUGGUGACUAAUUUGGUCUUUUGAAAGUCUUCAAGGUAGGAAGACACUGCCUACGAUAUAUGUUUUUUUACCAAUUAACAUGAUCACGGCAUCAUUGUUAUUUGUUAGAUUUUUAAUUUAAGAUAUGGAAAUUUAUGUACACAGCCCUUAUAUUCUAAGAUCAAUACAAGUUAUUGUAUAUUUAA